AUGGCAUUGACUUUCGCACAUUUUGGUCCAAAAUCUGGUCUUCUCGUGUACAUGGACGAUCUCAUUUGUUGUUCAUCUACAUGGGAGGGUCAUAUCUCUCUUUUGGAAAAUACCUUUCAAGCGCUACAAGCCGCAGGUCUUACUUUAAAACCAUCGAAGGUACAAUUUGGGCCAAAGGAAGUGAAGUAUUUGGGGCAUAUUCUUUCCGCAGAUGGCAUACGUUUAGGUGAAGAUCGGAUAAAAUCGAUACUAGAGUUGCCAACGCCAACAAACAUCAAAAGUUUGCGAUCAGUCCUAGGAACGGUCAACUAUGUCAGGAAAUUCAUCCCAGACUUAGCCGCCGUCACCGCACCAAUGGCCGACCUUACGAAGAAAGACGCAGUGAAGUCGGUAGCGAAACGCUGGGGUCCGCAACAUGAUGAAGCAUCUGCCGAAGUGAAACAAUAACUCACCAACGCUCCUGUUUUGCAUUUUCCGGACUUUUCUAAAGAGUUUGUUAUCCACGUAGACGCAUCUGAAGUGGGAGCAGGAGCAUUCCUGGCACAACAGAAUGGCGAUGACGUGAAUAUCGUAGCAUACUUUAGCCAGCGAUUCAACAAAAGCUAACAACACUACACU